AUGAGCCAGCACCACCUUUUCACCAUCAGCCAUCAACAGAAAUUAUCUGGAAAUUAUCUGAUAAACAUUGUGGAUGGAUUUUUUCCUGAUUUGCCCAUUAGUGCUGAGCAGACAGGAGAGAACAACUACAGCAGUGUGCUGACAGAGAGUCAGACAACUCUGCUAGACUCACUCAGUGUCAGUCAGGAUGAGGCUGUGGAGAUAGAGAAGGCUACCAGACUCCAGGCGCAGGACAAGAAGUGGGUUCGUCUGAGACGUCACAGGGUCACAGCUUCGAAAAUUGGAGAAAUUUCAAAGCGUAAAAAAGAACCAGAGAAGUUUGCAGAAAGACUGAGAUCUUCUUCUAGGACCGUCCUCACAGAGGCAAUGAGAGAGGGCAUUGCCAAUGAGCCUUUUGCAGUAGAGGCAUAUGGGAAGCUAAAGGAGGGCAAUGUGAAUAUAUAUCCCUGUGGGAUUGUAAUAAGUCCCAGAGCAGCAUGGAUGGCUGCUUCUCCAGACCGGAAGGUGCUAGACCCCAGCUCCAACCCUCCUUUGGUCUACUGGAGGUGA